AUGUCUAUUGAUGGUACGCCUAUUAUACUUUGGUGCUUUGUGCAGGGAAGCAGUUCGAUUUUCAAAGUUAAUAUUGGAACGAAUAAUGAUAUUGACGAUCUUAAGGAAGCUAUUAAAAGUAAAAAGCCAAAUGAUACUGCUGGGGUUGAUGCCGACAAACUUAGGUUGUGGGGUGUUAAUGUCGCUUCAAUUAGUGAUAUUUCAGAGGAUAUGUUGAAUGAUGAUAAUGAAUUAAAAGAUGAAAGAAGUACUAUUAUAAACUUCGAAAACAAACAACUACUUGUGGAUAAAAGCUAUUAUCAAUGGACCCUCAAUUGCAUUAAAACUAUGGCGGAUAUUUAUUCUAAUGAAAAGUUACGUCAGCGAGAAUUUCAUGAAAAGAUUCGUGAAUUAUUUCGUGAAGAAGUAAAGUUGCUUCAGCUUGAUGAUCAAUCUUCAAAUGAUGGAGUUUUGGAAUGCAAUGUGCACGCAAAGAGCAUAUUAUACCUUCUUAUUGAAGUAAAAAAUGAAAUUGGCACUGGUAAAUGUGAUCCGACCACUCAGGCAGCCAUUUCCUUUGCUAAGUUUUAUACCCAGAGUAAGAAUGAACAGAUGCUUAAAUGGUGUAACAUGCCGUGUUUCAUCAUAGGUUUGGCUGGGCCCUGGAUAUGCGUAUUAGGAGCUGUUUAUGUUGAGAAACCACUUGUUGAGCCCCUAACAAACUUGAUACCUCUCAUCCUUAUCAAUGAUCGAGACCACUUGAAGAAAAUUGCACGACUCUUCAUGGCCUUGCGUCUGGGUUGCGAUGAGCUGAAAAAGUAUUAUAGACCACUGCCAUCUCCAACAACAAAUGAACAACGGUUUUUCCCCUACACUCGCAAAAUAGAAGAUUUUGAAUUCGAGUACAAGGAGAAACUUGUUGAUGACUCAUACAAGCUUCUUUGGAAGGCCGAAACGAAAGACAAACAGAUGAUUAUCGUUAAGUUUACGCAUCGUUACAACAAAGAGGCACACGAUUUGUGCUAUGGAAUUGGAAAGGCACCAAGGCUGUUCUAUGUUUUAGAUAAACAAUGUGGGCUUCAUAUGAUAGUUAUGGAAUUUGUUGAAGGUCAAAUAUUACGUGAUUGUGUUCAUUUGGCCCAGUCUGAUUAUGAAGUAAUUAUCAAUGACAUUGAAGAGGCUGUCCUUCAUCUACAUGGAAAGAAUCUCGUUUUUGCAGACCUUCGUGACUCUAACAUCUUGGUUACCAGAGAUAGUGAAGGGUACCACGGGAUACUGAUAGAUUUUGACUGGGUCGGUAGAGAGAAUGUGGAAUGUUAUCCAUUAUUCAUUAACCUUGAUAUUGCUUGGCCAACUGGAGUUGGGGAUAAUGAACCAUUGAAAAGGAACAUGAUUUGUAUUGGUUGA